AUGGCAGACUCUACCACAGACCAACCCCAACAACCCGAACAGCAACAGCAGCAGCAGCAAUCCAACCCUUUCAUCAACAUCUUCACCACCUUCCGCGACGAACUCGACGAGCAUCACGACCGUCGCGAACGCAUAAUAAAAGCCAGUCGCGAUAUCACCGCCCUCAGCAAGAAGAUCAUCUUCGCGUUGCAGCGAGUCCGAACUCUAAACACAUCCCUCCCCGCCUCUCUAACCAAAGAAACCACCACCCGCUUCAAACAAAUAACCACACACUUCACCUCCCUCCUCCCAGACCUUCGCCCAGCACCAAACACCCACCGCUACAUGCGGCAACUCAGCCCCGCGAUCCAGGAAUUCAUCGAAGCGUUAUCCUUCCAUCACUACCUCACCACUCAGACAUUGAUCACCCUCGAUGAAGUGAGGAAGCAUCUUCCUGAGGGAAUUCUGGUUACGGAGGAGGAUUAUCUACUCGGGUUGUUCGAUUUAACUGGGGAGAUGAUGCGGUUUGCGGUUACCGGGUUGUCUGCUGGCACUUCUACAUCUGAUGAUGGGGGUGAAGGUAGUGGUGGUGGAGGAUUGGGGCAGGAGCAGAAAGGCAUCGUGGUGGAUUUGAGGGAAAUGAGAUGCGGGUUUGAGGGGUUGAGUGUGCCGGGGAGACAUCGGGGCGUUAUGUUGAGGGAUAUGGGGAAGAAGGUGGAUGUCAUGCAGGGGAGUGUGGAGAAGGUGGAACGCGCGGCGUAUGGGAUUUUGGUCAGGGGGAGGGAGAGACCGAAGGGGUGGAGGCCGGAUUUGGUGGUUGGUGGGGGUGGGAUGGGUGGUGAGGAUGAGUAUUGA